AAGUCUCAACUUAUUUUGUGCGAAUUGUAAGAUGGCGUCUGUCAUCGUCUGCUUUUGUAACAAACUCAACACUUUCACUUUCUUUCGACAAAAGUAAUCUGGUAGUAUCACCCUGUAGACGUCCUUGUUAGUAUGCAGCCAAGUUCACGAGGUUUUUACAUGGCAGUGUUGGCUGGCGUUUUUGCCGCCCUUGCCUCUGUUUUCGCAAAAGUGGCAGCUAGUCAUGAUGGAGCGCAAAAUGUUGUGCUAACAUUAAGUAACCUUACGAAAAUGGUCAGCACGAAUGCACAUUUCGUUUUCGCAACAGAAGACAUGGUUGUUUUAGUAAUAAUACUUGUCCGUCUUUUUGGAGUGGUUGGAAUCUUUGGCAGCAAUGCAGUGCAGUGGAUUUUCUUCUCAAAGUCUUUACAGUUGUGUUCAUCAUCUGUGGUUGCUACGGUCACUAGUACUGCUGCAAACUUUGUGCUGACUGCAUAUAUCAGUUGGAUGCUAUUCAAGGAACAUCUCCCCUUGCUGUGGUGGUGUGGGUCCAGUCUUAUUAUAAUGGGUUGCUUCUGGUUCACCAUGGCAGCCAAGGCAAGCUCAGCAUUAGCUCAUCUGCAGAUGGCAAAAAAACAAUUUAGUGAGACACUUCUGUUUAUAUUGAUCAAUUUGAAGCAUGUUUUUUUUUUUUUUACUUUGAGAGAUUAGCUGUUUGCUGCAGAGCACACUCACCUGCACCCGUUGUUGUUUGACGGACAUUCAGAACAAGUACCCAAGUCAGUAUUAAAAAUGUACACAUCUGAUAAUGCUUUCAUAUCUCAUAUGAAUAUGAGUGUAUGCUUUACACAUGGGUGUAUGAAAGGUGAUACUCCUUGUACUUCUUCACUUGUUCAUAAAGUUGAACAAGUUAUCCGCAUGUUCAAAAACUGCACAGCUCAUGAUUGCACACUAUGCCAAUGUUGAACCAUUUUAGUUGAUCUUUCUUCAGUAUCUUUAGUGACUGGAUUGAUACCCUCUAUCUUAUGGUUUAGGGUGGUGUGUGCACUGGGUGCAUUUGCACAAGACAAUGACAAACGAGACAUUGCACCAUAGAUGAAGGAGGUAUGUUUUACUCCUGAUGGCAUAUUUAGCCUCUGAGAAAAGGAUCAAGUCAUGUGCAAUGAAGAAAGAAAGGAGUAUUUUGAAAUAUCAGACAAGUUCAUAGAACUGCUAUACUUUACGGACUAAUCCAAUGUACUUCAUGGUGUCUUAUGUAUGUGGGUGUGCUGAUGUAUUAUGAAGUGAACAAAUUGAUUAUGUGUGAAAAUGGGGGCUGGUCAGUUUGUGUCUUGUUCUUUAUUGCCUUGUGCAAGCCAGCGCAUACAAAAAACCGAUACAGAAUCUCAAAUCAGUCACUUAAGGUAUUUAUACAAGACUCCUUUUCAAACAGAUACUGAAAUUACAGACUUCAGAGAUUAAUAUAGCCUUUCAGUAGAGAUGCUUACAAGAUAAAAUACACUCUGUACUAUUUUGUCCAUACUUAAGAUUUAAGAAAAUGAUUUUUUUUGCCCCUAAAUACUGAAAUUUACUAUUAGGCAGUUAGGGCGGACAAUGUUCACCUUUCCUUUCUCUUGCUCGAAUAAUGAUUGAGACAUUGGUGUACAUUUGUAAAAGUUGGGCCCUCUGAUGCACAAUGGAUACUUAAUCUACAACACUUUUCUGGAUUUUCAGCUUGUUUCAUUUUGCCUUAAUCAUCCAUUAAAAGGAAAAGGUAUA